AUGUUUGAAUAUAAAGAACAAGCUGAUGAUGAAUCUAUGAUAAUUUCAGAAGCACCUUCAGUAAAGGAUGAUAUUCAAUAUGGUGAAGAUUUUAAAGAAGCAUUACAAAAACUUAAAAGCUUAAAAGAUCUCGAUCCUGAAAAAAUAAACGAACAUGAUGAAUUUUUCAAUGAAUUGAUGUUUAAAAUCGAAGAUAAUGAAUUCAAUGUUGAUCCAUCAGUUUAUGUUAAAACUGAUUUCCUCUCUGACUUAUUACAUAUUCUUGACAGACUAAAAGGUACCGAUCAUGCCCAUGUAAUCCUAGUAAUAACCGAAUUAUCAAAGCACAAAGAAGUCCUAAAUGCUCUCAACAAACCAGAAAUAAUCGAACUCUUAUUUUUUAAUUAUGCAACAUGUGCUGAUAAAGUAAGAAUGGACAACAUCAAAGCAGUCGAAAUCCUUACAAGUUUAGUUCCUCUCAUCCCUGACAAUAUAAAUUAUUUUAAAAUAUAUCCAAUUGAAAAUAUUGAACCAGAACCUCUCUUAGAAAGCCUCACUCCAUUAUAUCUCAAAUUAAUAGAAUGCAAUCCAGAGACGGAGUAUUUUCGGCCAGUAAUUCAGCUAAUUUACAUCAAGAACGUACCUGUAAGUUACAUGCCUAUGUUUUCGAUGUUCAAAAGCGUUCUUACUGCUCGUCCAGAAGAAAUUAACUUCCUUUGCCAACUGAAAAUU